AUGUUUACUGUAACAGUCGGUUACUGUAUAGCACCGAUGCCAAGCUCGGAGAUCUGGGUGGACUUACAACUGGCACGUCAUGAAGCACCAGCAAGCACGCGAGAUAAGCGUCAGAUAGUGGGAGAAUGCGUGUGUAGCGAAGUAAACGAUUGCCCACCGGGACCGAAAGGCCGACCUGGGACAGAUGGUUUGGAUGGCACACCGGGAGCUCCCGGUGAGCCCGGUGAAGUAGGUCUACCCGGAAUUGUACCUCAGUUGCAACAAGUGAGCGCAAAAGGUUGCCGUGUCUGUCCGCCUGGACCGCAAGGACCUCCUGGCUAUCCUGGACAGCCUGGAGAACAAGGUCUACCAGGCCCUGAAGGACCGCCUGGAAACGAGGGUCGUCCCGGAACUCCAGGUGUAGCUGGGCCACCAGGACCUCCUGGGGAACAAGGUCAAGCUGGCAAAGAGGGAGAGCAAGGCCCGCCUGGAUCCACUGGAAUUCGAGGAGAGAAGGGGCCUCCUGGUCCACCUGGUCUUCAGGGUAUGGUCGGACCUAAAGGAUUCUCAGGUAACACUGGUCCACCGGGACAAGAUGGACCAAUGGGAAUUGCUGGAGAGAUGGGACCUACUGGAAACCCAGGCCCUCCUGGAUUCUCUGGCGCUCCAGGAAUUGCUGGUGAACCUGGACUGCCGGGAGAAGAUGCUGGCUACUGUCGCUGCCCUGCUAGAAAUAGAAGUGGUCAGAAAAAAACUCAUUGA